CCGCGUCGUCACUUGGGAGGAAGAGGCGGCAGCGGUGGCGGCCGGGGCCGGGGCUGGGGCAGCGGCGGCCGCGCCGGGCAUGGAGCUGGCAAGCCCGCGGUGAGACAGGACGCGCCUGCUAGCCGCCAGCGAGAGGCUCUCUGCCGUCCGGCGCGCGGGCUCCCCGGCUUGGGCCAGGCAAACUUUUCUUUCUCUUUUGCCAUCACUUAGAGGCGCCUGGUGCGGCGGGCGAACCGACUCCUCGGCGCGGCGGGGCCGGGGCAAGCUGGCCACGGCAUGAUGCGCGCUGUGUGGGAGGCGCUGGCGGCGCUGGCGGCGGUGGCGUGCCUGGUGGGCGCGGUGCGCGGCGGGCCCGGGCUUAGCAUGUUCGCCGGCCAGGCGGCGCAGCCUGAUCCUUGCUCGGAUGAGAAUGGACACCCGCGCCGCUGCAUCCCGGACUUUGUCAACGCGGCCUUCGGCAAGGACGUGCGUGUGUCCAGCACCUGCGGCCGGCCCCCGGCGCGCUACUGCGUGGUGAGCGAACGAGGUGAAGAGCGGCUGCGCUCGUGUCACCUCUGCAACUCUUCGGAUCCCAAGAAAGCGCACCCACCCGCCUUCCUCACCGACCUGAACAACCCGCACAACCUGACGUGCUGGCAGUCCGAGAACUACCUGCAGUUCCCGCACAACGUGACGCUCACUCUGUCGCUCGGCAAGAAGUUUGAGGUGACCUAUGUGAGCCUGCAAUUCUGCUCGCCGCGGCCAGAGUCCAUGGCCAUCUACAAGUCCAUGGACUACGGGCGCACGUGGGUGCCCUUCCAGUUCUAUUCCACGCAGUGCCGCAAAAUGUACAACCGGCCGCACCGCGCGCCCAUCACCAAGCAGAACGAGCAGGAAGCCGUGUGCACCGACUCGCACACCGACAUGCGCCCGCUCUCCGGCGGGCUGAUCGCUUUCAGCACGCUGGACGGGCGGCCCUCGGCGCACGACUUCGACAACUCGCCGGUGCUGCAGGACUGGGUCACCGCCACCGACAUCCGCGUGGCUUUCAGCCGCCUGCACACGUUCGGCGAUGAGAACGAAGAUGACUCGGAGCUGGCGCGCGACUCCUAUUACUAUGCGGUGUCUGACCUGCAGGUUGGCGGCCGCUGCAAGUGCAACGGCCACGCGGCGCGUUGCGUGCGCGACCGAGACGACAGUCUGGUGUGUGACUGCAGGCACAACACGGCCGGCCCUGAAUGCGACCGUUGCAAGCCCUUCCACUACGACCGGCCCUGGCAGCGCGCCACGGCCCGCGAGGCCAACGAGUGCGUGGCCUGCAACUGCAACCUCCAUGCUCGGCGCUGCAGAUUCAACAUGGAGCUCUACAAGCUAUCAGGGCGCAAGAGCGGGGGAGUCUGUCUCAACUGCCGCCACAACACUGCGGGCCGCCACUGUCACUACUGCAAGGAGGGCUUCUACCGAGACAUGGGCAAGCCUAUCACCCACCGGAAGGCUUGCAAAGCCUGUGAUUGCCACCCUGUGGGUGCUGCUGGCAAGACCUGCAAUCAAACCACUGGCCAGUGUCCCUGCAAGGACGGCGUGACGGGCAUCACCUGCAACCGCUGUGCCAAAGGCUAUCAGCAGAGCCGCUCCCCCAUCGCCCCUUGCAUCAAGAUUCCCGUGGCGCCACCCACCACUGCAGCCAGCAGCGUGGAGGAACCGGAAGACUGUGACUCCUAUUGCAAGGCUUCCAAAGGCAAACUGAAGAUGAACAUGAAGAAAUACUGCAGGAAGGACUAUGCUGUCCAGAUCCACAUCCUGAAGGCAGACAAAGCAGGGGACUGGUGGAAGUUCACUGUGAACAUCAUCUCCGUGUAUAAGCAGGGCACAAGUCGUAUUCGACGUGGUGACCAGAGUUUGUGGAUCCGCUCACGAGACAUCGCCUGCAAGUGUCCCAAAAUCAAGCCCCUCAAGAAGUACUUGCUGUUGGGUAAUGCCGAGGACUCGCCUGAUCAGAGUGGCAUCGUAGCAGAUAAGAGCAGCCUGGUGAUCCAGUGGCGGGACACGUGGGCACGGCGGCUGCGCAAGUUCCAGCAGCGGGAGAAGAAGGGCAAGUGCAAGAAGGCCUAGCGCGGAGGUGGCGCGGGCUCCAGGAGGGCGGGCAGGGCGCUGGCAAAGGCUGGCAGCCUUGGACUUGACCCACCAGGGUAUUUCCAGGAGGGUGGGGGCGGGGCGAAGUCGAAGUGGGGCGGGGCCCUCAGCGGCUCCGCCCCAGCCCCACCCUCACACCCCUGGCUGCGCUCUUUUGCGCAUGGCAGAAAGCACCCUGUAUUGACAGGCCAGGCCCUGGAGAAAUGAGGACAAGACAUAGCUACCUCACGGCGCUCCUUCCAGAACAGAGAUGCGCUUCCCUAGGGCUAGGUGGGGGUUGCCGUGGAGGGGUUGGGGGUCCUGAGAGGCGGGAACAGAAUGGCAGCACAGUGGACCACAGUCACUGUGUUUGAUGGUUAUUGAAGGGGAUGUAAGAACUGUGAAUUUUUGGACCGGCAGCCUGGGCAGGGGCAACCAAUCCACCACCAGACACUAGUCACGCUCCCCUCCUUUCUCCAUCACCUGCUGUCUAGGAAUUCCCACAGGACUCCAGACACUGACAACAGGUCCCUAUGUCAAAGGGCCUUAUGACACUGGGAUCAGCCAGCUUUGGUCUCCGCUGCCACCUGCUGGGCUGGUCUUCUGGGUGGAGUUUGCCAUCUGUAGGGAGGAGAGAGUUCUCCUGGGGCCUGCUGUACUCCAGUGGGGCUGGCCCAGGCUCCUGGCCCAUCAGAGGGCCUAGGGCCUAAGGACCCUGAAGUCAAGCCGGGUGGUCACUGCCUCUGCUGGAGCUGCCUGUGGAAGGAGGCAUUGCAACCCAAAACCUCCCAGAGAGUUUCCUUGCUGGAAACUUGGAAACAGCCCUUUUUAUGACAUUUUCCAGGGGAGGGGGAGGGGUACUGGCAGGGGUUUAGGGCAGUGACACUAUUUGUGUAAUGACAUCAGCUCCCACAAGGCCUCACAGCAAUGUCAACAGCUGGAGAGGGCCUGGUCAGGUCUGGAAUGCCAGCGGCUGUCUAGGCAGUUUGAACCAGGCUUGUGGGAAGGGGCUUGCCUGAGUCAGGACUGGGUUGCUGCUCAGCAAGGUGCCUGGCGUCCAAGCUGGUGGGCAAGGCCAGGAAUGGUCAGGUCCCUGGGGUCCAAGGAUUCUGUGACUGCUUCCUGCUGCCGCCCUCAUUGCUGGCUCCCCAGGAAAGGGACACAGACUCCUUGGUUAAGGAACCCACUCUAGCCCCCAGCUGUCUUGGUCUAGCCUGGGCAGUCUGGUCUAUUCCUUUCUGGCUGCCUUCUUUGUGGAAGUCCCCAGGCCCUCCUGUAUGCCUAGCUCUCUUUUCUCUUAGAGAUUUAAUGUCCUCACACAGGCAGCUCCAAGCUUCCCUUCUGGUUGCUUCCUGGGCCCCUUUAGCCUUUCCCUGCCUCCCUGUACUUGGGCCUCUAGCCUCACGCCCCGCACACUGGAUGAGAGGCCUGGCCCUCUCAGUCAGGAAAUUGGUUUCGUUUCUCCUGCCCACUUGGCUGCCCUGAAGGGCCAUAUGAGGGAUGAAGCUCUCAGCUCCUCAGUGACACGGCUCCCUCUGCCUCUCCAUUUCUGCCCACAUCACCACUGCCACUUACUGAGCACCCUCUUGGUGCCAGGCACUUUACCUAUAUGCUCCUGGCCUGCUUUCACCACAAACCUACGAGACAGGGAUUCACUCUUGUCCUCGUGUUCACCAGUAAAAAGACGUGUCCACAUGUCCAAGGUCACACCAGCAGCAGUACUCAGACCCUGACCUCACCACAGUUGCACAUCCACAGCUAGCCCACUUGACACAGCAGGCGAGGGUGGGGUGGGGUAGUGGUUAUCACUCAGACCCAGGCAGCUUGCCUCUGGAGAACCCCGAGGAUACGAGCCUGGAGUAUGGUCUGGGACAGACCCAGCAACACCUCCUGAGGAGGCAUCGGGAGUGGCGGGGCAUGAGGAACGAACUCCCUAGAGGAAAGCCGCAAGAUCCAGGAAGACAGGCGUGGCCAUCUGAGAGGGCCUGGAAAGGGGGCUUGGCUGCCUCCCUAGCGGGAGGAAGACUACAGGGCUUCAGAGGGAGGCUGGCACGAGCACACAGACCUACCCUGGCAAGGGUCAUGUGGCUUCCCUGGUCCAAGCUUGAGAUUGAGGGCAAGGACCCCUAUCCAGGAGCCAGUAUGGUUUGCUGGAUACCAUCUGUAGCAAAUAACAUCCAACUAACUAUAUGGCAGCGGUCUCAUCUCUGUACCAGCCUGUCUUCUGCUCUGGCCAGCUUCCACCCAUGAACCUUGGAGUCCAGUCUCACCUGGUAUCCAGCGAAGCCCCUUAACCCUAUCCCCCUGCUAAGCAACAGAGAUAUCUUGUUAGAAAUCUACCAAGGCCUCCUGCCCUGCCCUCUGUGGCCUGGUCAAUAGGGCUUACAUUAAAUAGCCAAGAUGAGCCAAGUUGUGGAUAAGGUCAUUGCUGAGGGAGCAAGGUUUGUCACAGCCGCCACCUCUGUUCUGGAACAGAAUCCAGCCCACAUCUCCUCUGCCUGAGAGCCAGCCUUAGGGAGGCAGCUAUCUUCUACCCACCCUAGGGAGGAGAUGGAAAGGGGAAAGGAGACAUCCUAUUUGUACAGUUAGGAAGGGGUGCAAAAUGGAAGUAGGUUUUUGAGUUUGAGAGUGUAUUAACAGAGUUGUGAUAUGUAGGUCUUUGAAGAAAACCAUACCAGGUUAGUCACUUACCAGCCAAGAUUCCCCAGCUGUCCCUCUGCUUACCAUUUGGGUAGUCUGGUCCCCUGUCACCAGAAUGCCUCCUUUGCUGACACACAGUGGCACACAGGUGUGGGGUAAAGGAGAUGGCGUGCUCACAGGUACACCUGUGAGCUGUGGCCUCUCUGGCCAGAGCUUCUGUCCCUGUCCUGGAAAGCAUGGCAGGAGGCAGGACCAUCAGGCUCCUUCAGAUGGGAGGGAGGGUCAGAUGCCUAGGGCAAAGCGGCUGGGGUGGCCUCUCCGAGGGCCUUAGGGACUUCCCAGAACUCUGCCUCAGUGGUUACAUACAGGCAGUGGGUACAGGCUGUCUUAGAAUUGCCCCUGAUCUGGAACAAGACUGAAAUGAAGAGACCCUUCGGGACUGACCUGGGAACUGGUUCCUUUAGGGUCUCAACACUUGAAGGAUUCCAUCCAGGAAACCUAGAGAGUGGGCAAGUUAGGCUCACUAAUGGGCCGUGGUUCACAGACAGACAUUCCUGUGGACCUGAGCCAUGCCAUACCCCAGGGGUAUCAAAAUUGUCUUUGUGGGGCCUUGCCCCUGCCAAAAACUAAGCCAGCCUCACCUCUUGUGUCAGCGGACUUCCUUCCCCUUCCCCUGAUCUGGGUAUAUCCCCCAGCCUCCCUCCUGUGUCACCGAUUCUGCUCACACAGAAUUGUAAAUGUUUAGUUGUGACCAUGACAUAUUGUUUGGGCCAGUGUUCCUUUCCAAUGCAUACUAAUAUAUUAUGGUUAUUAUAUAUGAAUAUAUUUAAUGACAUGGAGAAAGUUGUGGAUUUUCUUUUUCUUUUUUCCUUUUUUUUUUUUUUUUUUUUUAAGUUUUUUUGUCAUUAGAGUUGUAAUGGACCCAGACAAAACUUGUAACCUGGGCCCUACAUGAUAGAACUAAAUCCAGAUAUCAUUAAAUAAACUCUUGUAUACUGUUCUGUG